UGACGUCAGCGCUCCCGGAACUGGGCUCCGUGAGUGAGUGAGGGAGCCCGGCCACUGAGAGGGGGAAGAGAGCGAGUCCCCAACAGGUGUAAUUCUGUCUCUGUAAUCUCUGAUGUUGCUGGGGUAAUGACGGCUAAUCCCAAAGGAAACAAAGCAAUAAAGGUUAAGAAGGAGGCCGGUGAAAAUGCCUUGACCCUCAGUGACCAGGAGCUGGUCUCCAUGACAGUCCGAGAGCUGAACCAACAUCUGCGAGGCCUAAGCAAGGAAGAGAUUAUUCAACUGAAGCAGCGUAGACGGACAUUGAAGAACCGGGGUUACGCAGCCAGCUGCCGGGUCAAACGUGUGACACAAAAGGAGGAGCUGCAGCGACAGAGGGCUGACCUCCAGCAAGAGGUGGCAAAGCUGUCCAGGGAGAAUGCCAACAUGAGAUUGGAACUAGACGGUCUGCGGUGCAAGUACGAGGCCCUCCAGAACUAUGCCCGGACUAUGGCCAAGGGCCCCACUCCGACCACCAGCGUCAUCACCAUUGUCAAAUCAUCUGACUCUUAGAGCCUUAGCACUUCCCUCUUCCUGGUCUUCCAUUGGAACUUUCAGUUGAAGGGUUGGGCAAGGGCAUUAAUGGGUGAUUGAACCAAGGUGGGUAGUUGAAGCUAAGAAAGACAUGAGGCACAGGCUAAUUGAAUUGAUCUGAAUGACCUGCUCUUAUGUGAGGGAAUGCUCUUAAUCAGCUCGCCUUCUUGAGGUCAUAUCCAAUGGCGUGAUGUUCACCACUGAACUAGGGCCUUUCCUGAACAUUAUAAAGCUGGGACUGCAAGACAAAGCCCUCAAGCUUGCAAAAACCUGCAAACCUGAAAUUUAAAAAAAAAUUCUGGGGUGGGUGAGAAAGUGUCUUGAAGCCAGCCCUAGACCUAAAUCAAAGGGUUAAUUUGCCUGAAAGCUGAAAAGAAAGACCUCCAUAACUGGAAUCUGUGCACUGUUAAGAGUCUGGAUGUAUGAUGAGACCAGAACCAGAUCAACCAUGAUCAUAUUGAAUGGUGGAACAGGCUCGAAGGGCUGAAUAGCCUAUUCCUGCUCUAUGUUCCAAUGUAACUUAUCAUGGCUGAUUCUCAUGGUCUCAACAACUGUUCAAGUAAUUGAAUGGGAAGGUAAUCCACACCCAACAAAGACUUAGGAGCAUAUCUUUUGAAAACUUCUGUGUGGCUUUCAAACAUCUUACUUGUUUCUGUCCUGUGAUUUUAUGAAACAAAAUAUAGAGCAAUGUGUACAAUUGUCCUUUGGCAAGCUGCAUAAAACAAAAAGAUAUAUUUUUUAUUUAGCAUUGAA